AUGGCUAGAAUAAUCACGGGUGCGAGAGGCAUUGGAAGGGUUCUAGUUGAAGACGGCUUUAAAUAUCAGUUUAAUCGACAGAGUCAAUCGACGAUGCAUUGGCGAUGUUGGCGAACAACUUGCGGCGCGAAACUAAAGACUAAUCUCUUCGACAGGAAUGAUGAUCCAAAUGUUAGAGUGGUGGAGAGAGAGCAGCAUGAUCACGAAGAAGACGAUGCCGUUAUACAGAGAGGAAUCUUUCUCAACAAUGCCAAAGGCAGUGUACGAGACAAUCCAACCAGACCAAUAAAGCGAGUUUAUGACCAGCACGUUUCAGCAAUUCACAGAGAGGCUGGCGGAUCCGAUCAAGAAAUUCCUGAUUUCCAAUCCGUUCGGUCACAAAUGUCAAGGGUGAAAUCGGCUGAAGUGCCCGACACGCCCCAAGAUAUCGACGACGUCAACAUCGAAGGUUCCUGGGCACAAUCAUGGAGAAACAAACAGUUCCUGCUACAUCAGGACAAUGAUUGGGGCAUCGCUAUUUUCAGCACUUGA